AUGUGCGACCUCUCAUUCUAUUGUCCAGGGCGCAAAACCACUGAAACUGGCAACUUCAUCUAUGAAAAUGAUCCACCGCCGCCGCCGCCUGCUGCUCCACCACCACACACACCCGAGUCGUGGGCACCAUUCCAGUCACGAGUCGAAUUCGACUUCGCUUUUGAACACUACGUGAACGCCGAGUCUUCGGCUUCCGAAAUCAGGCGCUCGCUUGAUUUUUGGAAUGCCGUGCUUGCUCCAUAUGGUGCCACAGCGCCUUGGAGAAACGAACAAGAACUCUACAAGACUGUCGAUGCCAUCCCUAAUGGAGGCAUCCCCUGGAAGUUAUACAAGAUCCGAUACCAUGGCCCCCUCCCUCCGUCACCUCCAAAGUGGAUGACAGAAACGUACGAACUUUGCGCCAGGGACACGCGCUCUGUCCUCCAUCAGCAACUUGCGACACUGGACUUCAAGGACAAGAUCGACUAUUCACCGUAUCGUCACUUCAACGCUGACGGACACCGAGUCUUCUUCAACCUCAUGUCCGGUGAGUGGGCCUGGCAUCAAGCAGAUCUACUGGCUGAGGAUCCCCGGAACCACGGAGCGACAUUUGUCCCCAUUGUUGCCGGGAGCGACAAGACAACGGUCUCUGUUGCUACAGGCCAUCAAGAAUUUCAUCCCGUCUACAUGUCGCCUGGUAAUUUGUCAAAUUCCGCUCGCCGAGGGCACAGCAACUCGGUGCUCCCUGUUGCGUUUCUUCCCAUUCCUCGGACUAAACGAAAACAUCGGAAUAAACCCGAAUUCCGGACUUUUUGCCGCCAGCUAUACCACGAGGCGCUUCGCAAGGUUUUCCAUCCUCUCGCCGCUGGGAUGGAGACGCCAGAGGUGGCUAAAUGCCCGGACGGUCACUUUCGUCGGGUUCUUUACGGCCUUGGCCCGUAUAUUGCCGAUUAUCCAGAACAGGUGUGGUUGUCCGGAAUAGUACAAGGGUGGUGCCCGAAAUGUGACGCAAGGCCGGAAGCGCUCGAUGAUCCGGGUGCACGACGACGAACAUGUGCGAAAACAGAUUUCUAUUGCGCUCGACUGUCAACGAGUGAGCUCUGGGAUCAACACGGGAUUCGAGACGACUAUCGGCCCUUUAUGCAUCAUUUUCCCCGAGCCGACAUUCAUGAGCUCCUCGCGCCGGAUCUUCUCCAUCAGGUCAUCAAGGGGACUUUUAAGGACCAUGUUGUCUCAUGGGUCAACACCUACCUCAAGAUCAUUCAUGGCGAAGCCCGAGGGAAUGCAGUUAUCGACGAGAUCGAUCAACGUAGGAUCAGCCUCGCCCCUUCCUUCCCUGGCCUCCGACGAUUCCCCGACGGUCGUGAUUUUGAGCAAUGGACGGGUGACGAUAGCAAGGCCCUCAUGAAGGUUUACCUGCCCGCGAUUGCUGGCUUUGUCCCCGCUGAGAUGGUCCAAUGUCCAUCGGCGUUCUUGGAGUUUUGCUACAUCGCACGGCAAAAUAGCCUCUCCGCCGAAGACCUCGACAAUCUCGAUCACGCGCUUGCCCAUUUUCAUCGCCUCCGAGAUGUUUUUAUCCGCGUGGGUGUUCGCCCGAACGGCAUUUCCUUGCCACGUCAACAUUCUCUCUGCCACUAUCGGUACUCCAUUGUCCUCUUCGGGUCGCCGAAUGGGCUUUGCUCGUCAAUCACCGAGUCAAAGCACAUCGUCGCCGUCAAGAAGCCAUGGCGUCGAUUGAAUCGGUUCAAGGCACUGUACCAGAUGCUACUCAUCCUGGUCAGACUCGACAAACUCCAAGCAGCAAGACGAUCAUUCGAGGCAAGGGGCAUGAUGGCUGGUACAACAUCGGGUUACCAGCAUGUCAUUCUUGGCGGAAAUGCUCCUCCCAGCUCAGCCGACAAUCAUUCUGCUACUCCCAAGGAUUCGGAGGACGAUCACGCGCCCUCGACAGGGCCUAAGGUUACAUCAUCUAUCGAAUUAUCACGUACUCGAGAACUCGCCCGGGUAUACCCACGCAACGCUGGCCUCCUCGCCGCUGCCAUUGGCCAGCCCCGGCUCCCACAGCUCAUCAGGCGUUUUCUAUUUGACCAGACGCAUCCGAACCACGACCACAUUACCCAUCCCGUCGCAAUCGAGGACUGCCCCGUGGCCUCAGGGCCUGUCUUCGUUCAUCACUCGGCGAUCGCUCGUUUCUGGGCGCCCAGCGACUUCUGUGGAGCGGGCGGCAUGCGUCGUGAGUGGAUUCGAAGCCACCCUCAUUGGCGAAACCAGUAUGCGCGACGUGAUACAGUGUUGAUUGAAGUCGACAGUGAACAACCAGGGAUGCGAGGGAUGAUGGUCGGGCGAGUAUACCUUUUCUUUUCAUUGCAAUACGAUGGUAUUCUUUAUCCGUGCGCUCUGAUACAUUGGUUUGUUACCCUAGGAAAUCGCCCUGAUCCCUCAACCGGGAUGUGGGUAGUUCGUCCGGAGUAUUUGGGGAACCAGCGACAUAUGUCCGUUGUUCAUUUAGACUCGAUUUCUCGCGCUGUACAUCUAAUGCCGGUUUAUGGGACUGCUACAUUACCGGAGGACUUACAGUUUCACGAGUCUUUAGACGCAUUCCGUUCAUUCUAUGUCAACCGUUAUGUAGAUCAUCACAUGCAUUCGUUUAUGUACAGUGAUGGUUAA